CCGCUGCAUCUACAGGCACAGCUGCCUCUAGUUCUUGCAAUUGCUACUUAGUGAGGGUUCAGUCCACAUCCACCAGAGAUCACUAAUCUGAGUGAUUGUGAGGGACACGUGCAACAACCCAAGGCUGAAUUUUCAGUCCUUGAGUCACUGCCUAAUCAGUUUGUUAUGGCUUGGCGUGACCGCAGAGAUUAGAGGAGCCGCUGUUUGGAAGAUCAAUCGUCUUACUUAGAAAGAAGUCUAGAAGUGAAAGGUUUAAUGUCCCAAACACCAACCAUGGACAUACCGGAACAACUCGCCUCAAGGUUUCCUCCUUUGGAAACAGAUACUGAACAGGACUCUGGAGGCCUUGAUGAAAGCAGCAACACCAUGAACCAGCCAGAGGACAGUCAUUCCAUAGAUAUAUCUUCAGUCCUCAGGUCAGUGGCGAUAAACCAAACCUGGGAUUUUGAGAAAAUGUUCUCAGUUAUGCCCAAGCUGUUCUCUCUCCCAACACCUGAGGAGGAUGAGUCGGUAGCUGAUCAGAAUCAAAGCUCAGAGGGGACAACGGAUCCAGUUGAGGGCAGAGUAUGCGGCCCAUUUCAGUCCAAGUACAUGAAUAAUUUCCCUCUGUAUCAGCACUACUGGCUGAAGAGUUUGAAGAAUGACCUGCAUCAACUCAAAAAGCCUAGCCUCUCUGAGCUGAUGAACCCUGAGAAUCUGCAGGAACUUCGGUCUCAUUUUUCCCCUCGUCACCAAUUGGAGACAGUUUCCCCCCAUCUGAGACUUACACUGACACUCCCUUGUUCAAGUCCACCUACCCCGAUUAAGGUGACUCCGUCCACGCUUUGGCAAGAUCUGGAUGAGGUCAAAGCGUCUGGUCUACUUAGCACAUUGACCACAAGAGAGAUUCGCCUUCAAGAGACAAUGUUUGAGUUGAUGGGCUCUGAGGCUUCUUAUUUGAGGAGCCUCCAAAUCGCUGUUAAUCAUUUUUAUGUAUCCGAGGCUCUGAAACAAGCCCUGUCUCAAAUGGAGCACCACAUUUUGUUUUCCAACAUUCAGCGAUUGAUGGCAACAAGUGAAAGGUUUCUUAUGGAUCUGGAACUUCGGCUGGGAGAGAAUGUGUUCAUAUCUCAGGUUGGAGACAUUGUGCUUCAACACUGUCCAGCAUUUCACAGGCUUUAUGUGCCAUACGUGACUAACAUGAUGUACCAAGAGGCUCUUUUGAACCAGCUGCAACAACAGAACAAGGAAUUCAUGUAUUCACUUAAGACUCUUGAGCAAGAUCCAGUGUGUCAAAGACAGAGCUUCAAGUCCUUCUUGGUCCUUCCCUUUCAGAGAAUUACUCGCAUUAGACUCAUUCUGGAGAGCAUCCUGAAACUGACUGAACCUGAAUCCGAUUCAUUUCCAAGUCUUGAAAAGGCAAUAGAAGCCAUUCAUGAAGUGGUGAGGGAGUGUGACGAUGGGGUGAAGAAAAUGAAACAAAUUGAGGAAUUGAUUUGCCUGGAAACACUACUAGAUUUUGGCAAAGUUAAGUCAAUCCCUCUGGUCAUAAGUGGACGUUUUCUAGUCCGUGAGGGUCCAGUGAGACAGUUGAUAGUAGAAGGAACCAGCAUCCCAAGAACAACACUCAUCAGCGUCUACCUGCACCUCCUCAGCGACCUUCUGAUCAUCUCCUCUAAAAGGGAUGAGCAGUUCAUAGUGCUGGAUCAUGCUGAAUUCCCUACACAAGUGUGCACUGAGCAUUUAAACACUGAAGUCCUGGGUUUACCUUCAAAUUCCUUCAUACUUCGCCUCUUAAAGAGACGAACUGGACAACCCACUGCCAUGAUACUUGUUACAGACACAAGCUCAGCUAAAGAGACAUGGAUGAAGGCGCUGUCAUCGAAACACUGAUGAAAAGUGGGGAAACAAUUCUGCAAUUUUUAUUUUUCUACAUUGACUCUUUAACAUUUGACUGUUUAUACCUUAAAUAUCAGUGUUAACUUGCACAUUCACUUAUCUUUUCUUGAUUGCAUUUGACUGUUGAUAAAUGCAUUUGCCUAACACUCCCACACAACAUGAAGCUGAUAGACUUAACUGUUUGCAGACACAUGAGCAGUAAUAGGACACUUUUUUGGUGACACAUCAUGAAGGUCCUGGGUUCAAUUCCAGCAUCAGUUGAUGGGGGUGGGACCUUUCUGUGUGGAGUUUGCAUGUUCUC